AUGAUUGAAGUGAUCCGUCAUACGUCUGGUUAUUCUGGAUCUCCACAUCAGCAUCCACAACCGCAGCACCAUCACCCACCAUUGUCGCAACCGGAUCAACUCUCCGUCAAAACUGAUCCUGCUAGUCUUUUUAUGGACACAUCCACGAGUGGCUCAACGCUCUUCCAACAUGCCGCUGCCGCAGCUGCGCUUUACACGCCAACUCUUACAAGUAGUACAGAAACAUCAUCGGUUAACGAUACAGCAACUAACAACAACAAUGAUCAUAAGUUGUCAACUAGUUCAUCGACGACUCUUCUAACGAAUUCAAUGGAUAUGAUCAUGGCGGCGGCAGCUGCGGAUGCACUACGACAACUGCCAUCCACAUCGAAUGAGAGUGAUGCGGUUGCUGAACAUGAUGCUAGUAUCAAGAUGAAACGAUCGACCAAGAAGGACAAGCCUGGAAGGCGAGAAAAGAUCCCAGAAGGUACAUUAUGCGUUGUAUGCUCGGAUUUAGCCAGUGGUAUACACUAUUCGGUGGCCAGUUGUAAUGGUUGUAAGACGUUUUUUCGGCGAGCAUUGGUUGAUUUUUUUGUAGCAGUUCGAUGUGGUUGUCGUAGUUGUCGUUUGAACAAAUGUUUUCAAAUGGGAAUGAAUCCGAACGCGAUUCAACACGAUCGCGAUAAGAUUAGAUAUACGAAACGUGCGAAAAAGAUCAAAGAGGAGAAUGCGAUGGACAUUUCGGAUAUCGCAAGUGGCAAAUGUGGUUUCCUAAAGGAGGAGGCCGCGGACAGUCCACAAAGCAAUCAAACAGCUGAUGAACAAGCGAAUUUAUCAAGUCCUUCGUCGAGUUUUGCUGGCUAUGGUCCUGGUAGCAAUGCACCAUCAUUUGAUCAUGAAAUUCAUGAUAUUCAAGCUGAAAUGUCAGCAGUUUUAACGGAUCUGUUAAUAUUGGAACGUAAGAUCAAUGACGUUCGUUGUGCCAAUCGAUUUCCGCCGCACACUUCUGUAGCAUCGUGUAUGUACGAUCGACGGCUUCUCGACGAUGAUGCGUGGGUUUCCACUUAUUCAACGCCUCUGUCUCCUAUGUUCAAUGCAAUUCCUUGCGAUCGAGGUAGUAUGCGUGCAUGGUUUGUGAAAGAUUUAACAUUAAUGAUUGAAUGGGCUAAGUGUUUACCGCAAAUGCGACAACUUCUUCUCAAUGAUAAGUUAGCAUUAAUCAAGGCGUUCGCUCCAGUGUUUCCACUUAUACAAUUGGCAUAUUUUUCUUGUACGCAUGAAAGUCGUCGUCGUUCAACAACACAGAGUCCUGUCGAUGAAUCCUUCGGCUCCCCCACUGCUGUUGGCUCAAGUGCAGCUCGUUUGUCAAUUGAUUCGAAUAAUAGCGGUAGUGUUGCGACGGCUGCAGCAGCAAAUGCCGAAUUGGCGUUUAUGGCACGAACGGUUGAUAGAACGCCAACAUUGGAUCGACUAUGGUAUCCAGAUGGUCGAUACUUGGAACGGGAGGAUUUAGAUUCAUCACCGACAGCAAACGGUGGCAAGAAAGAAUUACCAAUCAACGCACUGCUUAUCGACGGCGUAUGUCAUCAAAUGCUUAGGCUACGACUCUCCGAAAGUCACGUUGUUUUAUAUAAAUUGAUGCUUUUCUUCAAUCCAGAUGCGGAUGGCCUUUCAUCGACAGGUAAAUCGACAAUCGAGAGUGAACGGGUCAAAUUACUCAAUUAUUUAUACGUACAAAUUAUUCAGGAUCGUGCCGGCAAGCAGGGCACCGAACUGUAUUCGAAUAUGCUCCUAAUGACUACUACUCUCAUUCGAGUGGCUUCAUUUUUGAAACGGACCUUUGACAUAUCGCAUAUUUUUGGUCCGGCUGAUGAUCUUAUUGAUCAACUGAUUAUUGUUGGACUUUGA